UUUAGGAUUAAAAACCCGAGGUUUAUCGGAAAACACCCGUCUGAUUUCGUGGAUUGUUACUACUUUACCUGUGCUAAUUAGGAAUUACCUGUUUAAUCUAAAGGAGUGUGGAUUGAUUAACGGUCCAGAAAUACCAGACAUACGAUGUAUAACGUGAAUCAAACUUAAAUUAAUGUCAUUUGUAUAAACAUUCGAGUUGACCGAAUGAAUGUCAAGACAAGUUCGGUACCGCAUCGUCAUUUCAUGGACUGAUCAUCGCAAUACAGUCAGUCUAAAUGUCUAAUUUACAAACAAAUUCAAGCUAUAAUUUUACAAUUACAACACCAAUCCAUCAAGUACUUUUCAGUGUGUAUUUAAUGCUGGACAUUGACAUUCUAUAAAUUGCGCAUUUUGAACCGAAUAAUUACUUUGUUUACAUAGAACUUACAAGUUAUAAAUCGGGUGACAUUCCGCGGAUUCUGGCGCUAAUCAACGAAAAGCCAGUUCGUUUGUUUUUUUUAGUGUUUUAAAUCUUUAAAAUGAUUUAACUUUAUUGAUAAACAGAUGUCAUCAGUGACAAAUGAAUACAUGUCCUUCUAUUUUACCAGUACUAAAUUUAUCUGUUAAAAUCUGAAGUAGCAGUGGUCUACAUGUUGAAGAUUAGAACAGUUUUUGUGACAAGAUAGACAGAUAUAACAUGGUGAUGUCUGACUCAGACUUUAGACAAAGAAUUACCCAGUUAGAACAAAAGUUGCAAGAUCCGAAUUCAGAACUAAAUAUUGAUGGAUUAUUGGAUGGAUUAGCGUGUAUUGUUGCUGAUCUUGACAACCCUGCCAUUAGAAGAAACAAAAAUGUGGAAAGCUUUCUUAAUAGAUACUCAAGAUCCGUGGAUUUUCUCAAGGAGAAAAGAGUGCGAGCAGAGGAUUUUGAAAAGAUCAAAGUUAUUGGAAGAGGUGCCUUUGGGGAGGUUCAGUUGGUUAGGCAUCGGACCACUAAGAAAGUGUUUGCCAUGAAAUUAUUGAAUAAAUAUGAAAUGAUUAAAAGGUCUGAUUCGGCAUUUUUUUGGGAAGAAAGAGAGAUUAUGUCCAAUGCUAACAGUGAAUGGAUCGUACAGCUCCAUUUUGCCUUUCAAAACAUGAGACAUUUAUACAUGGUUAUGGAUUACAUGCCUGGUGGAGAUUUAGUUAAUUUAAUGAGUAAUUAUGAUGUUCCUGAAAAAUGGGCCAAGUUUUAUUGUGCGGAAGUUGUUAUUUCUUUAGAUGCUAUUCAUUCAAUGGGAUUUAUCCACAGGGAUGUGAAACCAGAUAACAUGUUAUUAGAUGCACAAGGUCACUUAAAAUUAGCUGAUUUUGGAACCUGUAUGAGAAUGGAUGCUGAUGGAUUAGUUCGGUCUGAUACAGCAGUAGGUACACCAGAUUAUAUAUCACCAGAAGUAUUAAAAUCACAAGGUGGUGAAGGUAUUUAUGGUAGAGAAUGUGAUUGGUGGUCUGUUGGAGUUUUCUUGUAUGAAAUGCUUGUUGGAGAUACUCCUUUUUAUGCUGAUUCUUUAGUGGGAACAUAUGGUAAAAUUAUGGAUCAUAAACAUUCACUACAGUUCCCAUCAGAUAUAGAGGUUUCCGAAGAUGCUAAAAGUUUAAUUUGUGCCUUUCUUACUGAACGAACUGAGAGACUGGGCAGAAAUGGUGUUAACGAAAUCAAAAAACAUUCAUUUUUUCAAACUGAUCAGUGGACGUGGACAGAUAUUAGAAGAACUGUUCCACCUGUUGUACCAGAAUUAUCAAGUGAUGUUGAUACCAGUAAUUUUGAUGACAUUGAAAAAGACGAUAAUGUCAAUGAAACGUUUCAACCACCAAAAGCUUUUGCAGGAAAUCAUCUACCUUUUAUUGGCUUUACUUACAAUAAAGAAUAUCAGUUAUUAUCAGGUCCAAGAGCCAAUAUAUCAGGGAUGGACGGUAUUGAUGGUGUGGAAAGUAGAGAUGUCCGAGGUGGAAGAUCACAAGAUGAUUGGGAAUCCAAAUAUAUGAAAGCCAAACAAGAUCUGGACAGAUUAACAAAAGAAGAAACAGAACUCAAACAAAUGUGUACACAAUUAGAGAAAAAUGUAGCAUUGAUAAAACAUAAUUUAAAAGAGGCUCAAAGAAAGCUGGACGCAGAAGUAAAUAGUAAGAAGAAAAUAGAACAGUCAUUAAAAGAUACAGAAAGAUUAUUAGAAUCUGAGAAAAACGUCCGGUUACAAGUGACCUCUAGUAGCCAACAGAAUGACCAAAAAGUUUUUACCUUAGAAAAAAAUGUUAGUGAUUUGAAUCAAAAGUUAAUGAUGGAAAUGGAAAAUUCAAAUAAAUAUAAAAAAUCUUAUUCAGAACUACAGCAGAGAUUAACAUUAUCAGACUCCCAUUUAGCAGAAUUAAAUGCAAAAUAUGUUGAUGCAGUAAAUACUAAACAGAAGUUAGAGAGAGAUAUAGUUACAUUACAGAAUACUCUUGAUUUAGAACGAAAUAAUGUUAAAGAAGAACACAAACUUUAUGUUGAACUUCAAGAGAGAAUGAAAUUUUUACAAGAAGAAAAACAGAGAUUGAAUGAAAAAGAAAAGAAUUAUGUUCUUGAAAUUCAAAAAUUUCAACAAAACAUCAUGAAAUUAGAAAAGAGUCAUGCUAGUAUCCAACUCGAAAGAGAUAAUUUUAAACAAAGAUUAGAUAAUGAAGUUCAAAUGCACACAGAAACCAGGGAACGAUAUCAGGCAGAUAAACGACGAAUGUUAACAUCCACGGAAGAAGCAAAUUUAGAAUCUGUGAAAGAAAUAACCAAUAAAUAUGAAGCGGAAAGGCAGGCAAGAUUAAAAACGGAAGCCAAAUUAUUGGAUUCGGAAAAAGCAAUGAGUGCAAUAAAAUUAGAUUUAGGUCAGUCUCAAAACCAAGUUAAGUCAAUGCAGAACCAACUACAGACAGAAUCAGAAAAGUGUAAAAAUUUAAGUCUUCAAGUUGAACAAGAAGUACAGAGAAGAAAUUUAAUGCAGGGUGAUUUAAAGAAUCAGUAUGUCGAUAUUAAUAAAGCUAAAUCCAAAGAAAAGGCAUUAGAAAAAGAAAUAGCUGAUUUAAAAGAAGAAAAAAGAUUAGUUGAAGAAGAAGUUAGAAAAGUGAAAGAGGAAAAUUCCCUAAUUGAUUUACAACUACGAGAUGCUCAAGAACAAUUAGAAGCUGAAUCUUAUUUUGCUUCUUUGUAUAAAACACAAGUAAAAGAAUUGAAAGAUGAAGUAGAUUUAUCUAAUAAGAAAAUGCAGGAUCUCAGUGCUGAUAUUCAACAUAUAACCGAAGAAAAGGACUCAAUUUGUGCUCAGUUACAAUUAGCCUUAGCUAAAGCUGAUUCUGAACAACUUGCACGUCAGAUAGCUGAAGAUCAGUUAUUAGAUGUGGAGAAAGAAAAAACCAUGUUAGAAUUAGAGUAUAAAGAUUUAAUGCAGAGACAUAAAAAUGAUAUAUCCAAGAAAGAAAACCAAAUAACAUCUAUGGAAGACUCCAAACGAAAUACAAAUAUGACGAUAGAUCAACUACAGUCAGAAAAUAAUAUUCUUAAUACAACAAUUAAAGAAUUAUCUGAAGCACAUAAUACAUCAUUAGCAACAGAGGUUGAUAAACUAAAGAAAGAAUUAGAAACAGAAAAAAUUAAGAAAACACAGGCUGUAAAUAAAUUAGCUGAGAUAAUGAAUAAGAAAGAAUUCCGAACUGCUGGUAAUAAAAAAAAGGGAGGAGGUAACGAUGUUGAGUUAAAGAAAAAAGAUAAAGAAAACAGAAGAUUAGAACAAGAAUUAAGAAUGGUAAGCUACCUUCUUUUAUUAUUAAAAACAGCAAAUGGAAAUGUAAAAUAA